AUGGGGGAAAAACCAGGCGCUCCAAUAUUAGUUGCUCCCCCGAAGCUAGCAUUAACGACAGAGAAACCGUGCCCUUGCACACGCGCUUAUAGGCCUGUGUGUGCUAGCGAUGGAAAAACGUACAACAAUCCAUGCUCGUAUAGAUGCGCCAAACAGUUAAAUCGUGCGCUGCGCGUGAAUCGCCAAGGACGUUGCGAGGAAUCUGAGCUUUGCUGCUGCACGAUGAUACAUAGACCAGUGUGCGGAACUAAUAACCGAACGUACCAUAACUAUUGCAUCCUGCGCUGUAUGCGACUAAGGUUUAACGAAAAGCUUCAGAUGGCGCAUCGAUGGGAGUGCGGAACGACACCGAGCGACUGGGAAGAGCGAGAAAUUGCGACGGUGAUGUUGCCUAUUAACGAAAACAUACCUCCAUCACCACUCGGGGUGUUCAACGAUACUGUAGAGAACUGGGAAGACUACGCACAUUUGGAGUAA